AUGGCCGCCGCCGCUGCUGACGACUUCAGCUUCCCCGCCGUCGCCGACGCCUUUCCCCGCUUCGCGGAGUCGCCUCCUCUGUGGCGCCCCUCUUCCGCCGACGAAAGGGCAAAUGAGCGGAGGAGCUUCUCUUGCAUGGAGAUGAACUCGAAGCGGACUCAUACCCAAGAUCAGGGCGAGGAGGAGGAGAAGAUGGACAUGCUGUGGGAAGACUUCAACGAUGAGCUUAUGUUAAGGAGAAGCUGCGAAGCCUGCAGAGCGAGGUGUGACUCCUCCGACCGGGAUGCGGCGGAGUUGGGGUGCGUGGGGCCGUUGAAGAUGACCAAGAGGAGCGGCGCCGCCGUGCUUCCCGGCAGGAAGCCGGGCGUGGUGGUUUUCAUGAAGGCCCUGAAGAAGCUCUUUGUCCUACACCAUUUUCAUCGCCCGCUCAAGAGGCAUGCGUUCUGA